AUGGGAGGAUCGGGACAGAUAAGCGUUGAUGAAUUACAACGAGCACUUUCCAACGGCACCUGGAAUCCAUUUAAUCCAGAAACGUGUCGUUUAAUGAUAGGAAUGUUUGAUUCUAAUGGUGAUGGAGCGAUAAAUUUCAAUGAGUUCCAGGCCCUGUGGCAGUAUAUAAAUGACUGGACAAACUGUUUCCGUGGUUUUGAUCUCGAUAAUAGCGGCAAUAUCGAUAAAUCAGAACUUCAAAAUGCUUUGACUCGAUUUGGAUACCGCCUAUCUGAUCAAUUCUAUAAUAUAUUAAUGAUGAAAUUCGAUCGAACCCAUACUGGACAUGUCAAUUUUGAUGAUUUUAUCCAAUUGUGUGUCGUAUUGCAGACCCUAACUGCUGCCUUCAGGUUAGUGAAGAGAUUGCAUCUAGCAGCCAAAAUAUUCCCUUCUAAAAGAACAUCAUUCUAG